AUGACUGCUUCUCGAAGCCCGUCCAGAGAGGUCGAAGUGGGUCCCACUCGAGCUCGCUCUGGGGACCUGACUGGAGAGCGCGAAGGGCGUGAGCCUACCUCGCAGGAUGAGCCAGUCGAGACAGUGGAAGGAGCGCAGCAGCAGACGUUGCCUCAAGAAGAGGUCGCGGUACCAGUAGAUGUAGCGCUUGAUGUUGAACACUUGGACGCGAAUCUGUUCCGAAGCAAGUCCCUCUGGCAACCUGCAAAGGCCAGAGGUGUCUUCGGAGGUCAAGUCAUAGGACAAGCUGUAGCCUCGGCGGCCAAGACGACUCGGGAGGAUAUGAAGUUGCAUUCGCUACAUUGCUACUUCCUCCUUGCAGGCAAUCGAGCUAUGCCAAUCAUUUACAAAGUCUCCCGGGUACGCGAUGGAGGGUCCUACUGCACCCGUCAGGUAGACGCGCAGCAGAAUGGCAGGUGCAUCUUCACCAUCAUCCUCAGCUAUCAGGUGCCAGAGCCUCUUCAACCAACUUUUGCUAUCCCUUUGCCGGAGGGCAGUGGUGACAGCGAAGCAAGCACUUCCUCUGCACCGCCUCCGCCGAGCCCCUCGUCACAGGUCCUGCCUCUCUCCUCGACCUUCACCAGAAGUCCAACACCCAACGACCUGAUUGCCAAUCUACCUAGUCCCGAGGAGUCGCCUCUGAACGAGCAGCGCUACGUGGACAUGCUCCGAAACAAGGCCGCCAAGCUCCCCAAGCGGGUCAGGGCUACCCUCGAGGCCGUGAUUCAGGAUCGAUUGCGCUCCCCAGUGGAGAUCCGAAAUGCCUUACCGGGAAUGUACGAUGAGGACACCAGUCUGCCCACAGAAGGGUACGAGCAAGCAUUCUGGCUACGAACGCGCGAAGCCGUUGGGCAAGGAGGCAGUGGUGAUGAAGCUCAAAAAGCUGCCCUCGCAUACCUGAGUGACUUUCAAUUCCUGUCGACGAUCCCUAAAGCGUUGGGCAAUUCGAUGCGAAUCAAGAUGAUGGCAUCACUGGAUCACUCGAUGUGGUUCUACGCCGACUUUGAUGUGCACGAGUGGCUCCUCUUUGUCAUGCAGGCUCAGGCCGCUUCUCAUGGCAGGGGCAUCGCACUUGGCAGGAUAUACAGGCGCGACGGGACACUAGUCGCAGUCUUGGUGAGUCGCUGA